CUCUCUCUCUCUCCCCUCUCUCUUUCUCCCAGUUGCUUUCCUGCGUCUGUGGUGAGCCACAGCGGGGCCCCAUCCUGACAGCGAGUGACAAGCCACGAGAUUUUUGCCCUCCGUCUCCGAACUUUUCUAAUGUUUAACUUGGCGCUGCUGACGACCUAGCGUAUCCGGGCAGGGAGGGAAGGAGGGAGGGAGAGCCAGAGGAAAAAGCGCCCGCCGCUGCUGUUUCUUCCUCUUUUUACACACCGAUUUCCCUGGAAGCCAAAGAACCGGCAGGAACUUUCCGCAAUGAAGACAAUAGUGAAGUGCUUAUUAGGGCUUCUUGCACUUGGAGUUAUCAUUACAGCCAUAGUUGUUCCAGUAGUUUUGCUGACAAGAGAAGAUGCCGAUAUCCGCAUAAAAUUUUCUUUGGAGGAUUAUCUGAGUAAUGAAUUUCAGUAUAAAUCAUUUAAUGUACGGUGGAUGUCAGGUCAUGAGUAUGUCUACACAAACCAGAACAAUGUUUUUCUGUACAACAUUGAUGAUGGAAAAGCGUCUAUAAUUUUAUCAAAUGACACAUUAGACAAUUUCAAUAGUUCUGAGGCAAUAUUGUCACCUGACAAAAAAUUUGCUCUUCUGCGAUACAAUUAUGAGAAGGUGUGGAGGCACUCAUACACGGCAUCGUACCAUAUCUAUGAUCUAAACAACAAAACCAUAAUCGCUGAGAACCCACUUCCUACAACUAUCCAGUAUAUAUCAUGGUCGCCAGUUGGACACAAGCUGGCUUAUGUUUACCAGAACAAUCUUUAUGUGAAGACAACACCAAACGCCAGCGCUGUUGAAAUCACUGACAAUGGAGCUGAAAACAAAAUUUUAAAUGGAUUAGCAGACUGGGUGUAUGAAGAGGAAAUGUUUGGCACCCAUUCUGCUCUGUGGUGGUCUCCAAAUGGCAGGUUUUUGGCGUUUGCAGAGAUUAAUGACACAGAAGUUCCUGUUAUUGAGUAUUCGUUUUAUUCAGAAGAUACGCUGCAAUAUCCAAAGACCAUUAAAAUCCCAUAUCCUAAGGCAGGUGCUAUAAAUCCAACAAUAAAACUAUUUGUUGUCAAUAUUGAAGCCCUUUCCACAAAAAAUAUCUCAGAAAUUGUUGCACCAUCUAGUAUAACAUCAGGGGAUCACUACUUGAGUGUUGUAACAUGGGUGACUGAUGAAAUACUUUGUCUGCAGUGGCUUAACAGGAUUCAAAACUUUUCUAUGCUCACCAUCUGUGAUUACUCUAGUGAUAAAUGGCAGUGCCCAAAGGAGCGUCGUGAAGAAAGUAAAACUGGCUGGGUUGGCAGAUUUCAGCCAUCGGAACCUUACUUCGCUUCUGACAAAAUUAGCUACUACAAAAUUAUGAGUGAUUCACAAGGAUAUAAACAUAUUCACUACAUUGAUAAUGCAGGCAACGUUAAACCUAUUACAAGUGGAAAAUGGGAAGUAAUCGAUAUAGCUGCUCUAACAGAUAAAACCCUAUACUUUAUUAGUAAUGAAUUUAAUAAUACUCCAGGAGGAAGACAACUUUAUAAGUCCUGGCCUGCCCUACUUCACCUUGCAAAACAGCAGUACAGACAAAGCUAUUAAGACCCUAGAAAAUAAUGAUCAUUUGAGAAAUGCAUUGAGAGAAAUUCAGAUGCCCACCAAAAUACUGAGAAAUAUUACUCUGCAUGGACAAACAUACUGGUAUCAGAUGAUAUUGCCUCCUAAUUUUGAUCAGUCAAAAAAGUAUCCGUUGCUCAUUGAUGUAUAUGCAGGGCCUUGUAGUCAGAAAGCAGAUUUUGCCUUCCGGAUCAGCUGGUCUACGUAUCUGGCAAGCUCCGAAGGGAUUAUUGUGGCCAGCUUCGAUGGUAGAGGAAGCGGCUUUCAAGGAGAUAAAAUUCUGCAUGCGAUAUACCGAAGACUGGGAACCUAUGAAGUUGAAGAUCAGAUCUCAGCAGCCAAGGUGUUUUCUGAAAUGAGCUUUGUUGAUGAGACCAAAAUGGCUAUUUGGGGCUGGUCUUAUGGAGGUUAUGUAACUUCCAUGGUCCUAGGAGCUGGAAGUGAUGUGUUCAAGUGCGGAAUAGCUGUGGCACCUGUCUCACGCUGGCAAUACUAUGAUUCUAUAUAUACUGAACGCUACAUGGGUUUGCCUGAAAAAAAUGAUAACCUGGAUUUCUAUGAGAACUCUACAGUUAUGGCCAGAGCAGAAAACUUCAAAAGCGUUGACUAUCUCCUGAUCCAUGGAACAGCAGAUGAUAACGUUCAUUUUCAGCAAGCAGCCCAGAUUUCAAAAGCUCUGGUUGACGCAGGGGUGGAUUUCCAAGCAAUGUGGUAUACAGAUAAAGAUCAUGGAAUUGGAGGACAUGCCCACAGCCAUAUUUACCAUCACAUGACUCAUUUUAUCAAACAGUGUUUUAAAUUGCCAUAACACUGGGAGUGCCUUAUCUGUGCAAAGCUGGUUAACUUCUGAAGUUUUAAGACUUUUCUAGUAAAUUGUCCCGUAUUUCAUUGGAUGACACAGUCAAUUUAAUUGGUGCGGACACUUAAAUGAAGAAACCCUGAUUUUUUUUUCUUUAUUUCUGCAAUUACCUGCAGGGAUCCACUGAGCACAAACCAAAGAACUGCAAAGUUUCCUGUAGGAGCUACUCGAUUCUUUGUUUUUCUCAAGGACUAUUUUGCAUAAUAGUGUUUUUAAAAUGCAAGUUUCCUUACAGUAAGCAAUCAUUGCCUUGGGUGCAGAAAUA